GCUAAUGUUGUUCACAACACACAUGUGCCAACCUUCUCAUGAUUCAUUGAAAAAAGAAAGAGAAAGUAAAACUCUGGGAAGCUCCACAAACAUCUUUAUCAUCGUCUGCUCUCUAUUGUAGAGUGAUCUUCUUUUUUUUACCGCAACAGAAAAAAAACGGUGAAUAUCGUCCUAUAAGGUUAUUAGGCUACUGCAGAAACGGUAACAGGUAUCUCGCCGAAAGUACACUUCUGGUGACCAUCAUUUGAAGCAAAGCAAUGUCCCGUGGUUCGAAUGCUGGAUUUGACCGACACAUCACGAUUUUUUCACCUGAGGGCCGCCUCUAUCAAGUCGAGUAUGCCUUCAAAGCCAUCGCCCAGGGUGGGUUGACAUCACUGGGCGUGCGGGGGACAGACUGUGCUGUGGUGGUCACACAGAAGAAAGUGCCGGACAAGCUGCUGGAUUCUGCCACUCUGACCAACAUGUACCCACUUACCCCACGCAUUGGAUGUGUGAUGACAGGACACAAUGCGGACAGUCGAUCCCAGGUCCACAGGGCACGAGUGGAGGCCGCCGAGUGGAAGUACAAGUUUGGCUAUGACAUCACAGCAGACAUGUUGUGUCGGAGAAUGGCGGACAUCUCCCAGGUCUACACACAGAACGCUGAGAUGAGACCUCUGGGAUGCUGUAUGAUCUUUGUGGCCAUAGACCCCCAGCUGGGUCCCGUGCUGUAUAAGUGUGACCCGGCAGGCUACUUCUGUGGCUUCAGGGCCACUAGCGUAGGGGCCAAGCAGACAGAGGCUAACAGCUACCUGGAGAAGAAACUGAAGAAGAGGCCGGAGCUGUCAUAUGAGAUGACUGUGGAGUUGGCCAUCUCCUGUCUCUCUUCUAUUCUGUCCAUGGACUUCAAGCCCAGUGAAAUUGAAGUGGGUGUGGUGACUAAGGAAAGCCCCAAGUUCAGGUCCUAUACUAUCACAGACACUCUCUGAGACAGAGAUCGACACCCACCUGGUGGCCAUUGCUGAGCGGGAGUAGAGGUGCAGCCAUCCACAUACAGUAGAUCAGGCUGACUAGCUAACAGACUAACCUAGUGGUUCAGUAAUAGGACAUUAAUACUACUGCAGUAGAUCUACUUCAGACUGCUGUUGCAGAAGGGCCCAUCUUAAACAAUACUAGGAUAUUUUUCUACUUUCCACCUAUUUACAUCUGCACAGGUUGAUUUUCACCUUCAGUCUGCAUAUCUAAGCUCCUAGGACAUACAGCCAGGCCGUAACUAGACUUCGGUUGUUGUUGGAAUGGUUUGAUCAUGUGGAUCGUUUCAUCCAUCCUAUUUAUUUUCUGUAUCUCAUUGAACCUCAUUGUUUAUGACCACUAAAUGGGUUUUUGCUACCUGUGUCCAGAGCAUUACUCAUGUCAUCUAUCACCUGCUACAGAAACACUGUCUAACAGAAUAAAACACAUCAAGUAAAACAAAA